AUGAGCCGAGUAACCCCUCGCCGGUCGCGACACCGGCACCAGGCUAGCAACAGCGGAGCGCGCCAGGCGGCCGCCUCCGACUACGACUCCGACGCCGCCCAGCACCUCGAGAGUCGCGAGGCGACGAACCCGCAGCCUGCGCGCGAUAACACCGAGCUCAGCCUGCGCGUGCUUCGCCGCUACCAGCCCAGCAUCCGCUCCAUCCUGGCCAUCGCCGCCAACGCUGUCGCCUACACCUUUCUCGAGUCAACACAAGGGUGGGAAAAGCACGGCGCAGAGGGUACCCUGUUCGUCUGCGAGCAGGAGCCCAUCGUCGCGCCCACUGGCCAGGUGCUACCGCGCGUGUGCGUGUUUGUGCUCAACCGCCGGAGCAUGGAGAACCUCGAAGUGGAUCUGCUGCGCGUCACGGAUUGUGAGGUGGUCGGGGAGCUUAUUGUCUUUCGACUAGAGGAUGACGUCGCCGGGAAUAAUCACCAGGGCGAGGAGGCGGGAGCUGGGAAAAAGGUUUUGGGCCUUUGGAUCCAUGCGGACGAGAGCAACACGCGGGAAGUCCACGCCAGCUUGAUUCUGGGUGCCUGGCAGCAGAGUCGGCAGACCUUGGAGGUGUGUGCUCAGGCGGCGACGGCAGGGCAAUUGGACAGCGGCGCGUUUGCGCCCGAGGAGGCCGGGGCCGAUUCCGCGGCAGGGAAGCGACUCAGCAUGACGGAGCUGUUUGGGAAGAAGAACGGCGCCUUGCUUUGGUCACUCAUCAACCGUCUCAGAUCCUCGCCCUUUUCAUGCUCGAAGAUGACUCCCGCUAUGGCUACAGGAGGCGACGCCACACGAGACGCAAAUCACUCGACCGCCAGCGACAACGUUGUUGGCCCGGCUUUGGAGAACCAAAUCUCUCUCGUGUCGUCAUUCGAAAAAUGGCUAGCCCAGAGAACGGAAGCCAAUGCUAAGCACAACAGCAUUAUUGCCAAGGUGCAAGAACGGCUGAACAGCUACAAACGGUGGCUUCUUGAAGCUCAGAAGGCACAAGAGAAUGUGUCAGAGAAUACCGACCUCUGGGCCAUGAAUGCGCGCGUCCGGCGUGAGAGCGAUGGUGCGCCAGUCAUCGUCGUCACCGGACCAGGCGCCGAUGAGCCAAUUGAGGUGGCGCCCAAGGACGAGAAAGAGCUUGAGUAUCUCAUUAAUGACGGUUUCCUGGGCUACAUGAUCAAGAUCUGCCACGCAUUUGCCAAAGCCCAAGGCACCAUGCAAUCGCUGCUUCGGACGGCAAACGAGGUGGAGCAGGAAAGAUUGCUGCUCAGCCAACCACCUGAGGUUACAGUCAAUACAUACAUCCGCCGUCUCCAAAAAUACAACGAUAUCAAGGAUAUCGGUGAACAGCUCAUCGGCCUCGUCGCUGAAAAUCGAGGGAUUCCUGUACGGACGCUGUACGAGAACGGGGAAUACGGCGUUGGUAUGCCGAGGUAG